GAGCAUAUUUAUUAUUCAUCUUUAGCAUCUUCAUAUCCAAAUAUCUCAACGAAUUUUCAUUCCAUCUUGUCAAUCCCAUACAUAUUCCCAGAUUAUGAUUCAAACCAACCACCCUCAAGGCAUCAAGCUCUUAUAAAUUCGAGCUCAUAUUUACCAAAGUCUAAGCACACUCAAAUUUAAUACUCUCUCCACCUAGUUCCCCUCUCAUCACAUUUUAAAGAUCAAGUAAGCAACCAUUUUUCUGGUCUAGUAUUCGUUUAUCUUAAAGGUUAUGGAUCGCAUUGCAAAUUUAGGUUCACAAAAGGCGGUAGUGAUCUUUAGCAAGAGUUCAUGUUACAUGUCCCAUGCAAUCAAGCGACUAUUCUAUGAACAAGGAGUGAGUCCUAUGAUUCAUGAGCUCGACCAAGACUCCAGAGGAAAGGAGAUGGAGUACGCGCUUAUGAGGCUAGGGUGCAGCCCUGCGGUGCCAGCUGUGUUCAUUGGAGGGAAAUUUGUAGGCUCUGCAACUACUGUCAUGACUCUUCAUGUCAAUGGCUCACUUAAGAAGUUGCUCAAAGAUGCUGGAGCUCUAUGGCUUUAGCAGCAGUACUUGUGUCGAAGAACUGAUGAUCAUUAAUGUAACACUUGAAGUCAGUUUUAUUUUCUCCUACAUAUACUUGAGAAAAAUGUCCUUUCUUCUACAUGUAAUUGAGCAGAAUGACAUUUUAAAUAUCUGCAUCAGCAGCAUCUUCGAUCCUUAAA